GCCCUGCCCUUGUACGGAACUAUACGGAACGCAUCCCCCCGGAGCCUGGCUGGCUGGCCCACUGAAACAAAAUGGACGAAUGGAGUGUAAUGGCGUUCUUUCAAGUUGGUGUUAUAGUCGUGUGAGAUCAAAGACAUUUUGUCGUGGAUUUUCAACUAAACGUUUUAUUUUAAGUUCCAGUGACUGUUUACUUAAAUGAAUGAAUUUUUUUCCUUAUUUAUGUUGUGAUUCUCAUUUCGACUUUGGUUUUUGAUUAUGGUGUCCAUUUUGUGAUCAGCUCUAUUGUGUGGCGUUUUCAGAUAAAAUGGGUAGAUCCAGCCAUGUUUGCAUAUCUAAACACAAAAUAAUUUUAAUUCACUCUUAAAAGAGUGAUGGACUCAUAUAACUUAUUUGGAGAUGAUGGAAGCGGUAUGUUGGAAGGACUCACUGAUCUUGGUGGUACAGACAGCUUUGCUGGUGGCUCUACGGCUGGAGUGACUGGAGAAAAUAAAGAAUCUGCCGAAAAUAGUUAUAGGCAACCAUAUAAUCAAGGCAGUGUGACACAAGAGGGAUCCAUUCAAAAACUGGCAUCUUUUGGUGGAGGUGGUUCUGGUGGAAUUUCCAAUAACCCGCCACCGGUACCUCCUACAGGUGGAGGACCUCCAGGGCCGGAAUACCACGAAUAUGGCAACUACCCCCCACGACCGCGCUUGCCACAGCCACCCCACGGACCGCUUCACCCCUCGCAUCAUGUGCAUCCAUCGCACUCUUACCCAGGGUACCACCACCCUGGGCCGGACCCAAUGUACACAAUGCCAGAGCAACCAGGUAUUGGAGAUAUGGGAGUUUGGUCUGGAGCUCCAGGAGCCAAUAGAUACACGCCCAUCGCUCCUGGAUACAGACAUUCCUAUGAACAUCAACAAAAGAUGCACUAUUCACCACAACAGGCUUCCGGUAUAGGAGCAUUGCAGUCGCAAAAUGGGGCCUAUUUACCGCGACAACCUCAUUUUUCACAACCUCCUUCACAGCAUUAUGCACAACAACAGAAUUAUCCUAAUUAUGCCCAGAUGCAUCCACCAGCUGCAUCCAGGAUUUCUCAACAUCCGACAUACCACCAGCAGAUGGAUGUGAAUCCACAUCAAUAUGGUUUACCACAUGGACAGCAAAGCCAUCCUGGUAUACCUCAACACCAACCCCAUCAAGCUAUGAGCCACGCAAGUGGUCUCACUCCAGGCAUUCAAAAUCAUCCGAAUGUGCACCUUCAUCAUGCAGGAGGUCCUCCUCUCCAUCACGUUCCUCGUCAACCUCCAGGACCUCCUUCAGUGGCUUCGGCGGCACACCCUGUGACAUCACAAAUGCCAUAUGCGCCACCGCAUCACACCGUACCAUUGAAUUAUCAACCUCAUCAAGUGCAACAUCCUCUUGACAUAAAUGUAACAAAUCAAUACAAUCCAGUUAAAAGCUCUGGUAUUGAAACUGGAAGCCCACAGUAUCGUCCACCGUUUCCACAGCUUUCUCCUCAAAUGUCUCCUAGAGCUCAGAUGUCUCCUCGUCAGCAGCAACAACCACAAUUAUCUCCCAGACCAGUUAUGUCUCCAGUGAAAGGACCUAGUGCUUCACCACAUGCUUCUCGUAAUGUUGUUCAAUCUCCUGCCUCGACGGGUACAUCACCAACAACAAAUACUUUCACUUCUCAAAAUACACUACAGGCUCUAGAACAAAUGGUUUUACCGAGUGGUGCGGAGUACCCAUAUUCUCGUAAUCCAGCUUCUCCAGCGGUAGGACACGUCGUUUCUUCGCCAUCACAAUGGAACCAAAAUAAGUUACCGCCUCCAUUAAAUCCUCCUCAAAACGAAAAUACUGAGGUCAAAAAUGUAGAAACUUCAGCGAUAAACUCCGAACCAAAUAAGAAUUUACCGCCUACAGUGACAAAUCUUGAUCUUAAAACUGUAGAGAAAACUGAAGAAAUUGAAACUUCUGUAGAUAAUUUAAGCAGUCAACAUACUUUCACCGCUCCACCGAUUGUCACUGUGACAAAAGAUGUAUCAAAUAACUCUACUAUUGCUGACGUAUCCGACGUAUCAGAUACGCGUGAGAAAAUUCAAGUUGGAAAUCAAAUAAAAGAUACUAAUUUGGAAGCGUUAACUUCUAAUGAAGAAGAUAAAAUUGAUAACGAUAAAAAAAUAGAACUAUUGGAUAGCAAACAAAAUAGCACAGAUGCAAUAAAUAGAGCUGUUCACAGUGAUCAAAUAGUGGGUCAAGGGUCAUCUUUGUCACAUCCACCAUUAAAAUCAUUAAAUACUUCGUCUAUAGACCACACACAAGCAAAUGUUUCGACACAAAUGCUUUUACCUCUAAGUCAUACAUCAUCUCAUAAUAAUAAUAAUUCAAAACCACCCCAAUUUGAAACCAUGACGCCUCUAAACAUAAACAGAUCUCAAAGUUAUCAGCCAAAUGGACUUCAAAAUGUAUCAAAUAAUGUACCCCCUCAUAUUCCUCAAGCGCAAACCACAAACUUACCGUCAAGUUUGCCAUCAAACUUGCCAAGUAAUACGCCGAACUCUGUUCCUGCAACUUACCAACCACCUCCUGUUUCACAAACUAAUAAUAAUCAGCCUAAUAUAUCAAUUUCGCAUAAUAAUCUCACCAAUCCCAUUUCUAUGUCAAAUAUAUCUGGUCAUAAUCAAUCGGCCAUGUCACCUGCGAUUCUUAACCAAAGUAACAUACAACCUAUGACCAAUAUUCCGAGUAAUAUGCCAAUGACGCCAUCAAAUGUUUCCUCAAAUUUAAACAACGUUUCAGUUGGAAUGUCAUCAAUGACUGUCCCAAAUAUGCACCCAAAUAUGGCUUCGAACAUUCCAACCCAGCAAACUAAUAUUAUGCCAAAUAUGCCUCAUAAUAUUAGCCCAAAUAUUAUUAUGAUGGGAGGAAAUAAUAUGCCUCAUCCAAAUAUAUCAGGUAUGUACCCACCCUCACACCAUCAAGAAAGGAUGUCUUUGCAACAACAGAUUCAAGAAAUAUAUUGUUUACCGCCUUCUAAUGAAAACCAAGAGAAAGUAAGAUGUCUACAAGAAAGACUUGCUCUUAUACAACAACACGAAACAAAUGAAAAAUGUAAUGGUGGUCCUAACUGCGUUUUGCAAAAUCCAGUAUAUGGUACGAAAAUGGUAGAAAGCCCACAAGUUACAAGUACGACUGGUCGAGGAAGAGGUAAAGGUCCUGCCAAGCCAAGAAAACCUAGAGCAAAAAAAGAAAAACUAAAUGUAAGUGCUUCUUUAGACCAACUACCUGUGUCUGAGGACUGUGUAACUGCUGGAACUGGAUUACAAAAUACUUCUGAGCUUGAUGUAGAAAUGAAUGAAGAUUUAACUAAUUUAGAUAGUAGCGCACUUUCAACUGAAGACGUUGGAACCAAAGGAAAGAAAAGAGGUCCACGAAAAAAUAAAGAAAGGAAGCCACGUGCUCCGAAAGAGCCCAAAACACCAAAAUUAGCAACAGAUAAACCUGUGAAAGAACGUAAAAAACGAGAGCCAAAGAAUCCAAAUGCUCCAAAAAGAAAACGAAAUGUGAAAAAAGAUGGACCAGAGGUACAAGCUGAUACAACUACUAGUUACGACUUUUUGGAAAAAAGUAAUCCUGAAACUACACCCGUAGAAAUAAAUGAAUCUAGUGCUAAAGUUGAAUUUAACAGUACUACAAAUUCUGAAAUGCCAAAUCUUGAUGACUCUAAUGUAACAGAUUUUGAUGAUAUACCUGUUUCAAAAAUAGCAAUUAAAGAUUUGCUAGAAGAAGCGGAAGCCAAACGUGAAGUGGAAAAAGAUGACGACACAGAUUCAGUUACUCAGAAGAAACGACCCUCUAAGAAGCGGGCAAGUGCUAGCAAUAGCUGCAAAAAGAAUGUCGUUAAAAGAACACCUGGAGGGGGGAAAAGAAAAAGAAGAGGAGGUAUUGUUCCUGAUUCUGAUGGCGAAGCUGACGACAUGAUGGCUACACCUCCGCCAUCGCCGCCUGCUGAAGGCGAUGAUAGUUUGAAACGUCGGUCUGCUAGAAAUACUCAGCGGAAAAAGUAUACUGACGACGUUAUGUUACGAUUGUCCGACGAGGAAUUUGCCAUGGCAACGCCUAAAGUUGAAAAAGAUCAUAAGUUUGAAGAUAUCGCUACCGAAACCAAAGAUAGUAUUAAACUAGAAGGUACACCAAAACCCAAUUAUAUGUAUGUUAACACAACUGAAGAAGACGCCAUGAUAGUUCAAUAUGUACUUGCGUGUCGGAUGGGAACGCGAGAAUUGAAACAUGAACCAGUUCUUGAAAAUGUUGUUAAAACUGAAAAAGUGGAAGAAAUUAUGCCUAACGAAUCUGCUGAACAACAAGACGAAGAAAGUGUUUGCCCUAAAGUAGAAAGUGAUGAUAAUCAAAUUAAAGAUGAUAUCAUUGAGCCUCAAAAAGUUGUAGAAGAAGCAGUAGCGGUAUUAUCCAAUGACCCUAAUAAAAUUGAAAAAGAUCUUACCCCAAAAGAUAGUAACGAAACUAAGAAUAAAAAACCCAUCAUGGUGGAUGUUGAAGAGUACUUUGUAAAGUAUCGAAACUUUUCAUACCUCCAUUGUGAAUGGAAAACUGAAGAAGAACUGUAUAAAGGUGACAAAAGGAUAUUUUCGAAAAUAAAACGCUUUAAACAAAAACAGGCUCAACAAAUGAAUAUUUUUGAACUUCUUGAUGACGAGCCUUUUAAUCCAGAUUAUAUUGAAUCUGAGAGAAUAUUGGAUAUGUCAGAAAAUCAGGACCCUGCCAAUAAUACUGUUGUAAAACAUUAUUUAGUAAAAUGGAAAAGUAUGCAAUACGAAGACAGCACUUGGGAAUUGGAAGAAGAUAUUGACGUCGACAAAAUUAAACAAUUUAGAAUUUUUAAUGAAAUUCCACCGAAAGAUAAAUGGAAAUUUAAAAAGCGACCAUCCGCUGAUCAUUGGGUCCAACUUAAAGAAUCUCCUCUUUAUAAAGGUGGUAAUACUUUGAGACCCUAUCAAUUAGAGGGACUAAACUGGUUGUUAUUUUCGUGGCAUAAUAAUCGCAAUUGUAUUUUAGCCGAUGAAAUGGGACUAGGUAAAACUAUUCAAAGUUUGACAUUCGUCAACUCCGUUUGGGAAUAUGGUAUAAGAGGUCCCUUUCUCAUAAUAGCGCCAUUAUCUACCAUACCGAACUGGCAGAGAGAAUUUGAAGGUUGGACAGAAAUGAAUGUAGUGGUAUAUCAUGGCUCUCAACAAAGCAAAAGUAUGCUUCAAGAAUAUGAAUUUUAUUAUAAGAAUGAAAAUGGGGAGCCUAUUAAAGAAAUAACAAAGUUUAAUGUUUUAAUAACUACUUUCGAGAUCAUUGUUACAGAUUUUCAAGAACUUAAAUCUUUUAAUUGGCGUAUUUGUGUAAUAGAUGAAGCGCACAGAUUAAAAAAUCGGAAUUGUAAAUUAUUAGAAGGCCUACGGCAACUUCAUUUAGAACACCGAGUUCUGUUAUCCGGCACCCCAUUACAAAAUAACGUGAAUGAACUAUUCUCACUGCUUAAUUUCUUGGAACCGUCGCAAUUUUCAAGCAGUGAUGCAUUUUUAAACGAAUUUGGUCAGCUUAAAUCCGAAUCAGAAGUUGUGAAAUUACAAGCGUUAUUGAAACCUAUGAUGUUAAGACGAUUAAAAGAAGAUGUCGAAAAAACACUUGCCCCAAAAGAAGAAACCAUAAUCGAAGUUGAACUCACAAAUAUUCAAAAGAAAUACUAUAGAGCUAUAUUAGAAAGAAAUUUUAGCUUUUUGCAGAAAGGAACUGCUUCUGCGGCAAAUAUUCCUAAUUUGAUGAAUACUAUGAUGGAACUUAGGAAAUGCUGUAUUCAUCCAUAUUUAUUGAAUGGUGCUGAAGAUCAAAUACAGUUUGAUUACAAGCAAACGUAUGGAGAAGAUAAAGAGGCUUAUUAUAAAGCAUUAAUUCAAUCAUCAGGAAAAAUGGUAUUAGUUGAUAAACUGCUGCCUAAGUUAAAAGCUGGAGGGCACAGAGUUUUAAUAUUUAGUCAAAUGGUAAGAUGUUUGGAUAUAUUGGAAGAUUACUUAUUGUUUAGAAAAUACCCUUUUGAGCGAAUAGAUGGACGUAUCAGAGGGAACUUAAGGCAAGAAGCGAUUGAUAGAUUUUCAAAGCCUGACUCAGAUAGAUUCGUGUUUUUGCUUUGUACUAAAGCUGGUGGUUUAGGUAUUAAUUUAACUGCUGCUGAUACAGUAAUUAUUUAUGACAGUGACUGGAAUCCACAGAAUGAUUUACAAGCGCAAGCACGUUGUCACCGGAUUGGGCAACAGAAAAUGGUUAAAAUAUAUAGAUUAAUAUGUCGUAAUACAUACGAAAGAGAAAUGUUUGAUAAGGCGUCUUUAAAACUAGGUCUGGAUAAAGCAAUAUUGCAAAGUAUGAAUACAGCUCAAGGUAAAGAAGCAGGGCUGAAACAAUUGUCGAAAAAAGAAAUCGAAGAUUUGUUAAAAAAAGGGGCGUACGGCGCUGUUAUGGAUGAAGAUAAUGCUGGUGAUAAGUUUUGUGAGGAAGAUAUUGAAAUGAUCUUAGCUCGUCGAACACAAGUUAUCCAAAUGGAGUCAGAGAAAGGUUCUACGUUUUCUAAAGCUAGUUUUGCUGCCGCUGAUCAAAGAUCAGAUAUUGAUAUACGUGAUCCUGAUUUUUGGAAUAAAUGGGCUAAAAAAGCUGAAAUAGAUACAACAGAGAAAAAAGAGGAUGAAGAUUUGAUUGUCACAGAACCAAGAAAACGAACAAUUAUCAAAAGAUAUGGUCAUGACGACGGUCCUAUGGAAAUGUCUGAUAUGGAAGUAACACCUGAUUCUGAAGAAGAUGAGGAAGGAAUCGGCCUUAGAAGUAAAAAGAAAAAAGAUAAGUACGGUCGCAAAGGAAGGAGAUAUGCUAGCGAUGAUUAUAUACCUCGUCAUGAAGGUGUCCCUGUAGACGAAGAAGUAGUUUAUGGGUCAUGGACGAGAUCAGAAUGUUUCAAAAUCGAGAGGGGACUUUUAACUUUUGGAUGGGCGAGAUGGGAGGAAAUUAUUGAUAAAAAUCAGUUUAGAAAGGGGUGGACUCUACCUGUCAUUGAAGAUUGCGCUCGAAUAAUUGUAUUAUAUUGUUUGCGACAUUAUAAAGGCGACGAAAAAAUCAGGAACUUCAUUUGGGAUUUGAUAGAGCCUUGUGAAAAUGGUGAAGUAACAAUAUCCAGAAAUCACAGUGGUUUACAUAAUCCAGUACCUCGAGGUCGCAAUGCAAAAAAGAAAAACAAACCCAAAGAAUUACCUAAACCUCAUGAUACUCUGAAGUGGGAAGAUCCAAAUCAUUGGAGCUCUAUAGAGAAAUAUGACUGUGAGGCUUAUUUGGAAAGUAGUUACAAAAAACAUCUUUUCAGACAUGCAAAUAAAGUUCUUCUCAGAGUACGCAUGAUGUAUUAUAUAAAACACGAAGUUAUAGGUGAUUUUGCUAGUCAGAUCGAAAAUGGUGUACAUGCCAGUUCUAUCGGCAUGCGCGUUCCCCGCGGAGUAGACAGCGCGCCACCCAGACUCUGGUGGGAUACCGAGUGUGAUGUGUCUUUAUUGGUCGGAACAUAUAUACAUGGUUAUGAAAAUUAUUUAGCUAUGCGUUCAGAUCCACAACUGUGUUAUGUCGACAAAUUGGGUCCACCCGAUGAUGCUGAAUGCACCGAUAUAAAGAGUGAAGAAAGGAAAAUUCGAGGUGUAGCGGGCGACGAAGAUUGUACCGACGACGUGUCCAGCGGCGCCGGCGCCACCUCGCCUGCCGCGUCACCGCGCCCCGACGACGACGGCGCCCAUGGCGGCGGCUCCCAUUUAUGGCCCUCCAUGCAGGACCUUAACACUAGGCUCCGGAGACUCAUCACGGCCUACCAACGGAACUAUAAACGAGAGGAACUCAAAAUGCAACAGAGGGCUAAGAUGGAGCGUCGGGAACGCAUGGAUCAGCUUGCAAGAGACGAGAUAGCUCAAUGGCGAUGGACACGCGCUGACGAAGAAGCUUUCCGUCGUACCGUAGCGUCGUAUGGCGUAGAAUUCGAUCCAGCAACCAAAAGCCUUCGAUGGAGUCGGUUUCGAACGCUGGCUCGCUUAGACUCAAAGAGUGACGAUGCCCUUACGGAUUACCUGAAAGCUUUCAUGGCAAUGUGUAAACGCCAAUGCGGACUCUCUGUGGGCGAAGCAGAACUACCAACGCGAGCAGAUUUGAAAGCUGAACCAAUUGGUGAAGAGAGGGCAAUAGCUACAUUGGAAAGAAUUGACUUAUUGCGGGUACUACGAGAAGAAGUUGCUCCUCACCCUUCGUUGGACACUCGCUUGGCAUUAUGCGAAAGAUCUGCUGACACACCCCUUUGGUGGCAAUCGGCUCGCCACGAUAAACUUCUUAUUCUUGGUGUUUGCAAACAUGGCCUAGGAGACACUUACAAUAAGAUAUUUUGUGAUCCAAAAUUGCCAUUCGCCGAUUGCGCAACGAAAUGGUACGCCAGUCACAGGAGCGGCGCAAAAUCCGACUCUCAAAAGAUAUCGUCGGACGAGGACGAGAGAAAUAAUUCAGAAGAAUCGGCUUGCGAAACGAGAAUGUCGCUGCGACGCAGCAAACGCACGAGCAACAUGUGCGAUCGCGACAACGACGAGGACACCGACGCCCUCUCUGAACUGGAGACGUUGGCGAAAUUGGGACGCGUGGAGGGAGCGCUCUCCCCCGACUACUGGUUCACGGAGCGGGCGCUCGAGACGCGACUGCAUCACAUAGCGCACGCCGUGCAGAACCGCGAGUGGCCCGCCGCCGGGCAAGCAGCGAGCAAACAGCAGGAGGCGAGAGACACGCCAGACGAGCGGAAGCAGGCGCAGAAGCGGCACAUCGCGAUCGACGUGGAGACCGACCGCGCGAAGCUGCACGCUUUGCUGUCGUCGCCAGCGGCGGCGCACUGCGGGCCGCGUGACGACGCCUCCAGCGACUCGAGCUCGCGGCGCUCCACGCCCGCGCCUCCGCCAGCGCAUCAGCGCCCGCCGCCAUCGCCCGCGCCCUCCACCGCCGCCGCCACCGCAGCGGCCUCUACCCCCUCCACUACCGCGCCCGCUGCGCCCGUCGACCUCUCCGCGCCGCUCGACCUCAGCGAGGCGCAAGACUUUUCCAUGGGCCGCCGGACGCCGCACGCUGACUCCUCCGUCCCCGCCCCUUCACCCACCACCCGAAGCCGCCUCGACGACACUCUCUCGCGGCUGAUGAAAAGAAAAAAUGCGCCCGCACCCGAGCAAAUUGUUGGUAAGGAAAAAAAAAGAAGAAAGCUCGACGAAAUUGUAUUGGGGCUAUCGGCAGCGAAAAAUCGCAGUCCUUCAUCAGGAUCUAUUUCUGAUACAACUCGCAAUCGUAGCACACCGAUUCUUCCCGACGUCACAGUGACUCCCGCAGCUCCGCCGACGUCGUCGUCUGCGGCAUCUAUGCAAAAGCCAUUUUCGGUUACUGUUACUAACGUACCUUCACCACAGGCUUCAUCUAAAGAACUAUCGUCUUUCUUACAGCAAUCUUUAGAACAAAGUAAACCUACAAAAGCCACUACUUCGACAGCAGCAAUGAAAGGCUACUCCCACGAGGCUAAAGUAAAUAAAUGGUUAGCUGAUCAGGCUAGUAUUGAUUCACGUCGCCGAGGUUUAACCCCACGCUUAGCACCGGAUGAACAUGUUCCUGUUGUACACCGGGUAACAGGAAAACGAAUUGUAGGACAUAAAGCUCCGCAACUAAAACAUCUAGCUCAAUGGAUUGCUGAAAACCCAAUGUAUGAUAUUGAUUCCAAGUGGACGGAAGGUAUUAAAGAGCACGUAAAAUUACCACAAGAUGUACGAAGUCAGAGGCAUUCUCCUAUGCAGUCUACGAAUUCUGUGGGCGAACGUAAGAAAGGACGCCCCCCAACUCUUGAUACUCCAUCACCAAAUGUUCUGUCAUCUAAUUCUCAUUUGAAUCAAAACAUGAGUUCUUUGAAUCCUGCACUUCUUGCUAGCCUAUCAAGUCUAAGUGCAUUCGAUCCUAAAGCUUUAGCAGCUACUCUGUCAAAUUUGGCUGGAUUUGACCCAAAACUUUUGAAUACAUUCGACCCAAAACUGUUAUCAAGUCUAGGUAGCUUUGAUACUAAAAAUAACCCACUAAUCAACUCUUUUGGUGCAAUGCCUAAUCUACUAGGCAAUAUAGCAGGAGGUUCUUUAUUCGCUAAUUUAGCUGGGUUAGGACUUCCCGGUUUUUCAUCACUUGAUAUGAACAGUUUAGGCGCUGCUAGUACUUCAGGGGACAAAACCAAGCAGAGAAAACUCACAGAAGGUGGAGGUACGUCAAGUUCGAAAGCUGCCAAUUCUCAAUUUCCAUUCGUUUUCCCUAAUCCCAAUAUGCUAUACCCUCAGUUAGGAUUAAGUGGACUUAAUCCCUUCGGUAUGCAUUCGGGAAUGUCUUCUGCUUAUGACGCUUUAGGGCUUCUAAGCAAUAGCUUAGCUGCUAGUUCAGGUUCCUCAACAUUACAUAGUUCUUCUCGUAGCAAUACAAAAACUACGACUCCAAGGUCAUCAACAGUUGUAACAAAUUCUUCUACGACCCGGCAGCAAAAAGUUUCUGAUAGGCAGCAGUCGAGUCAUUUACCACAAAUACUUUUACCCCCCGACCCUUAUUUAUUGGAAUCUUUGUCUAAGCAAUCUUUGAAUUACGACGCUGUUCUUCGAUCGGAUAAAAGAUCGCGGGACACUGACAACUCGGAAACCAGCGCUACUGAUUUAUCCAAAAUAGAUAAAAAGAAACCACCCUUUGACUCGUUGCGAUCGCAAGUUCCUCCAGAAUUUGCUGCUGUCCAAGAAAAGUUAUUAAAAGGUGACAAAAAGGAUAUAGAUAUAAGCAAAAUGUUAUUGGAACAGAUGGCUUCAGGCGCUUUAAGUGCAAGUCUUGUUAGUUCCGCUGAGGCAAAGAAAGCAAAGGAAGCUGAAAAAGAUGCAUAUGAAAAAUUGAGUAAAAGUUCAUCGGAAUAUAUCGCUAGAACUCUUGCAUCGGAAGAUGCAUCAAAUCUAUCUUUAGCACACAAACGUACACAUAGUGACAUGAGUUCUGAACCAGAAAAUUUGGCAAUGCCUUCAAAUGAAUUUAAUUCGAUAAAAAAAAAUAAGGAAUCUAAUUUGUCUGAAAGUAAUAUAAAUAAAGAAAAAACUGCAGACCCUGCAGCAAAUACUGGAGAAAUGGAUCUUGAAGACUUGAUAGCCCCUUUAACUGUCAUCAAAACAGGCAUGAAAGCUAAUGAUUUCGAAAGCAAUGUUUCGAAAUCUACAUUAACUGAAAUAUCAUCUUCAAAUACAGAACGUGACGAGAAGUCGCAAAAUAAAUCGAGUUCAUUUUCAGAGGAUCUCCCCAGUAAUAAUGAUCAUAGUCAAAAUGUAGAAAAUGUUGGCAGCAGAGCUGAUGAUGAUAAUAAAGAUAAUCUUACUGACGAUAAUAAUACUGGCGAGUGCUCUAAUGAUAUUAGUCGAAAGGUUAAUAAAAAAAAGGGUCGCAAGUCCACUGAUGAAGCUACCGUAACAUGUCCCCGGCGUGAAUUACGCUCCAGUUCAGGGAGACAAUCAACAGAUACCAUUGCAUCCAGUCAUUGAACGUAAUGUUUGAUGUGAUUGAAACUCGUGCAGACUCGUAUCAGAUUACUUUAUUUUAUAUUAUUGCUACCGACAACCUGGGGUUAUUUUUAACAUUGUGGCAAAAUUAAGUUACAAUCAUUUGUCUUGGGAUCAUUAGAAGAAGAUUUUUUGAUACUAAUGUUUUUUUAAACGCGUUUUCAAUCUGGUAUCAAAAUUACUUUUAGCUUAUGAGUUGGAUUUACGAACAUUUGUGAGUUUUUAUUAAUACUAUUUAUUAUUUGAAGUCAUAAACCACAUUUAUGGAAAUCAAUUAUAUGUACUAUUUUUUUUACAAAAAGGUUUAGAAUAGAAUCUCAAAUUAAUCGUUAAACCCGGCAGCUUUAAAAAUAUUAUAUUUGAAAGCUUAUUGGCCAACUAUAUUUAAUCGAAGUACUUCGGCGUUGAUGAAGAAUGAGUGUUGAAACUUAGUAGGUAUAACUAAAAAAAGGUUUAAAGGUUAACAUUAAAACAUUUAUCUAGUGUUUUAGGUCAGAAAAAAACAAAUGAUCCUAAGUGAAGAUCACAAAAUAAAAACCUGUAAGACAAACCCUGUUUUAAAUGUUAUAAGUAGUAAUUUAAGGUAAGGUAAUAUAAGACUAUCAUCUUUUUUAUCAUGUAUAAUAAUAGUAAUUAAAGACUGGAAAUUCUCCAUAUAAUUAUUUAGUUUCUUGUACGAAAAAUAUCUUGCUUUAAGAUACUUUAUUAUUUUGAACAUACUCAAUAAAAAAUAUUUUUUUUUGUAGAAUUUAAUUCAUAUAAAAAACAAUGGCUCCUCUUCUAUGAUGGCCAUUAGAAAAUGUUGUACUAAUUUUCCUAAUCACAUAACCACUUGAGUAAUUAAAGUUCAUUUAAUUAUCCAGUUUGGCAUUUCUAAACAAACACUUCUUAUUUUAAUAGAAAAUGGGUAAAAAAAAACAAACACAAAGUGCAACAUUAUGUUAAUCAUGAAUUGAAAGAUCUGCUACCUAAUGAAUUAUGUGUUAAUUUUAUUACCUAUUACAAUAUACUAGAACAUUUCGAUGUGAUUUCAAGAUUUUAAUUGAAGAUACAUCUAAUAUAUAAAAUUCUUGUGUCGCGGUGUUUGUGGUUAAACUCCUCCGAAACGGCUCGACCGAUUUUCGUAAAAUUUUGUGUGCAUAUUGGGUAGGUCUGAGAAUCGGACAACAUCUAUUUUUCAUCCCCCUAAAUGUUAAGGGUAAUCCACCCCUAAAUUUUUUUUUUCAAUUUUAGAUAUUUUUUUUUAGUUUUUUUAUGAUACAUCAUACAAAAAUAAAUAUAACCCAAAAUUUUCGCCCUUCCACCACCAACCUCUAUUCUUUUAUGGCGGUACGAAGUUCGCUGGGACAGCUAGUUGUUAUAUAAAAUUGUGAAAAAAGUUUGCUUUUAAUAAAUUCACACUGUUCAGUCAAAGAAGUAAAUAUAGUCUUCUAUUAGGAGUGAAUCCCAUACUAAAGAUCUCGAACAUAAUCAUGUUAGAGGAUGAACACUUAAAAGUUGUAGUUUGACAACUUUCUCAUCAGUUGUAUUUGUAUGUAUUGACAUUAACUUAUGACCACUAUACUGUUGUUUCAAUAUAACUUUUUUUCAAUUAAGUUAUAAUUUUAUUCUAUCUACUAAGUAUAAUUUUUGUUAUGCAAGUUCAUUUUCAUAUGUUGUAUUUUAAUUGUAAGCGUUAAGUCGAAACACUGAAUGUGAUAAGAUUAUUUAUUACAUGUAUUAUUCUAUUAUUUUGCAUUGCUCUAUUGAUAAAUUGUAUUAUAGUAACUAAGUGACAAAUCGUAAAUAAAUAUUGAACUGAUUUAGACAAAUAUGAGAAUUCAUUCAAAAUCUUGGUUUUUCCCUUUUCUCUCAACGAUAAUAAAGACCCUAGAUAGAUAGAACAUAAAUCGCACUCCACAUUCUCGAGGUCUCGGCUAAACGUUUUGUCGAGGAGCGUUAAAGAAAGUACACGAGGCCGGGGUUAAGAGCCCGUGGUCCAACCGGUUUGUCUUACUGGUGGGACCACGGUAUACCACCAUGUACCCGACGCGUAUUGUAUACAAGUACCCUUAGUAUGAGUUUUUUUAAUACGAAACGAACGAUAGUCUUCGUCGAUUCGAUCAAACUACAUGUUUUCGAAUUGUGUCGCAGUACGAGUAUAGAUUUUCACUGCUCGUUUUCACGAUAUCGCACAGAACAAUAUUUGCGAUAUCGUAUGCUCGAUGACUCCAUUAAACGAACUUCACACUGUUUAGUUUUGUCUCUUUCGUUCUUUAUUGCCAAAAAAGAGAUAGCGGAACCAUUCAUUCAAUUUAACCUUUUUUUAAAGAUUCUCCCUUGUUAUGGAAGGCAAAGGGAACACUGCCCAUACAACCUAAACUUAUGUUGUAUUAAUCUUAUUUUUUUUACAUUAGAAUGUCGGUGUGACGCAUUCUAAUGUUUCUUGGAAUGU